AUAUUUUCAGUCUGAAGUUUGAAUUCUUUAGUCGUGUGUGUUAUUAACAAUGGAUGAUAAUUCUCUGAUUCUACCUUGUGAAGCAGGAAAAAGCCGAAAACGACCAGUGAGAAAAGAAAAUUGGAAAACGUCCAAAUUAAAAGCGCAAAGGCGUAGGCCAAAAGGUUUACCUGAAUAUCCCACAUGCCGACAUGACAAGAAAUCUUCUUUUUCGUACAUGAGACCCAAGAAGAUGAAGAUUGAAAACUCUUUGAAGGGAGACAAGUCUUCAAUUGACAUUUUAUUGUACAGACCCCGACGAGGAAUACGAGAGUGAAGAAGAAGA